AUGAUUGCAUCUAGACAACUCGGGGUUGUUGGCAAGUCCAAUAUUGCCCGUCCCAUACCUACCAUCUACAGAAGCAUCUCAACCACCUCCUCCAGCAUAACGCAAAACUCGCGACGACCAUUAAACACACAGCAAUCCCAGACACAACAGUCUCAAAGACGAUCGCUUGCCACCGUUGUUGGCGAUAACCCAAAACCUAAGAAGCAUGGUGGUCUCCGUGACCAGGACCGUAUCUUUCAAAACGUGUACAACAACUAUGGCCAUGAUCUUAAGUCUGCCAAGAGAAUGGGUGAUUGGUACAAGACCAAGGAAAUCGUUCUCAAGGGCCACGAAUGGAUCAUUGCCGAGAUGAAAAAGUCCGGUUUGAGAGGUAGAGGUGGUGCCGGUUUCCCCUCCGGUCUCAAGUGGUCUUUCAUGAACCCUCCUGGAUGGGAGAAGAAUGUUGGCCCUAGAUACCUUGUCGUCAAUGCCGAUGAGGGUGAACCCGGUACCUGCAAGGAUAGAGAAAUUAUUAGAAAGGACCCCCACAAGCUUGUCGAAGGUUGCUUGCUUGCUGGCCGCGCCAUGAAUGCUACUGCUGCUUACAUUUAUAUUCGUGGUGAGUUUUACAACGAGGCUGCCAUUCUCCAAACCGCCAUCAAUGAGGCUUAUGCCGACGGCUUGAUUGGUAAGAAUGCUUGUGGCUCUGGCUAUGACUUUGACGUUUACAUCCACCGUGGUAUGGGUGCUUACGUUUGUGGUGAGGAGACUGCUCUUAUUGAAUCCCUCGAGGGUAAGGCUGGUAAGCCCAGACUGAAACCCCCAUUCCCUGCCGGUGUUGGUCUCUUUGGCAGACCCACCACCGUCACUAACGUCGAGACUGUUGCUGUUGCUCCUACCAUUCUUCGUCGUGGUGGUGACUGGUUUGCCGGCUUUGGUCGUGAGAGAAACUCUGGUACCAAGCUCUUUUGCAUUUCUGGUCACGUCAACGAGCCUUGUACUGUCGAAGAGGAAAUGUCUAUUCCUCUUAGAGAGCUUCUUGAGAAGCACUGCGGUGGUAUCCGUGGUGGCUGGGACAAUCUCCUUGGUGUUAUUCCUGGUGGUUGCUCUGUCCCCAUUUUGACCAAGGACGUUUGUGAGCAUGUUCUUAUGGACUAUGAUGAUCUUAAGGACCAUCAAUCUGGUUUGGGUACUGCUGCCGUCAUUGUUCUUGAUAAGAGCACUGAUAUUGUUCGUGCCAUUCAACGUUUCUCUUACUUUUACAAGCACGAGUCGUGCGGUCAGUGCACUCCUUGCAGAGAAGGUACUACUUGGCUUCUGAAGGUCAUGGAUAGAUUUAAGGCUGGUCAAGCCGGCCCCCGUGAAAUUGAUAUGCUUUGGGAGCUUACCAAGGAAGUUGAAGGUCACACCAUUUGCGCUUUGGGUGAUGCUGCUGCUUGGCCCAUCCAAGGUCUUAUCCGCAACUUUAGACCUGAGCUUGAGGCUCGUUUCCAGAAGUUUAAUGAGGAUGUUGGCGCAGUUUCUGUUGGUGGCUGGACUCCUGGUGCCACUGUUGGUUCCGGUAAAGUCAUUGGAGGCCCUGUUCCUGGCAGCCAUUAA